CGAAGAUGGGGGCGUGGAUCUUGCGCUGCGCUGUGCAUGCGCUCCUCGUCGUCGGCCUCACGCUGCAUGCGAGCCAGGUGGACAACCACCUCCAGGCCUACACGCGCGGCCUCGCCGACGAGCUCUGGACGCUCGUGAGCGCGCAGCCGCCGAGCCGCGCGUACGACUACGAGCUCUACACGAUGGACGAUACGAUUGCGCACGUCCACAGCGUGCUCGACAACUACUUUAUGCUGCCGGUGGUCGCGCUUGGCCGCUUCCGCAUCGCGGCUUGCGACGGCGCCGAUGAUGCGCAAGACCCACUGGCCUGUCCGACUCUGCGCGUUGUCGAGUCGGCCACGGGCACGGACGAGGUCGAGCGAUUCUACGACCUCCAGCGCGGCAACGAGUCGUCUUGGCCCGUCGGGCUGCGCUACAACACGCCGCAUGACGUCUCGCGGGUGUUUUUCGACGCCCUCGUGUCGAUGGAGCUCUCCAUGCGCGUCGAGGUGCACCCGCCGUCCCGCGAAGAGGACGUGGAUGCGGAUUUUGAGUUUACCAACUGGAACAUCUCGUUUGCGUACGACCUCUCGGCGCAGGGCCAGCUCCACGGACAGAUGCGCGUGCGUCGGCUGCUCCCAACCCUCACGCUCCGCGCGACCCCCAAAGACUUGAUUCCGCGCUACGUUGCGUUUAUCGUGCUCGCCGUGCUGUACCAGCUCCUCGAGCUGGGCCACCUCGUCGCGACGCUGCCCGGCGCGCAGAGCCUCGAGACCAUCGGUCGCCACUUGUACUUUACGGAGCCAUGGUGCCUUGUCGUGCUCUGCAUGAAUGUUGCGACUGUCGCCGUCUCGAUCCAAGCGUGGCAGUACGCAGGGCAUUUGGCCUACUUUGAGCAGCUCUCGCUGACGUUUGCGACGGCGUGUGGUCUCGCGUGGGUCUCGUCGCUGCGGUAUCUGCACGCGAACGCCCGCUUCUACAUCCUCGGGCUCACGCUGCGACGGGGGCUGCCGCGCGUGCUCGAGUUCCUCAUCGGCGUCGGCCCGCUCUUUGUCGGCUACGUGCUCUUUGGCACCGUCAUGUUUGGCAGCCAAGUACCCCGCUUUCAGGGACUCACAACGACGGCGACGACUCUCUUUGCUAUUGCGAAUGGGGACGAAGUGCGCUUGACGUUCGACUCGCUCGCUGCCACGCCGUUCUUGGGCCAGAUCUACCUCUACUCGUACAUCAUGCUCUUCACGUACGUGGUCCUGAUGGUGUGCAUUGGCAUCAUCGAAGACGCUUUCUUCUCGUCGGCCUUUCCGAGUCUGUGGAAACAACCCGCGACGCGCAGCAAUGACGACGACGCCUCGCCUCGUCUCGCCAACGACGCGUGGCUGCACCUUCGGUCGUUGAUUCUGGACGAGACCGACCCGAGCUUUCGGAGCUCCCAAACCGCCAUUUUGAACCGCGUCCAAGAACGAUUGUACGUCGCAAAUGCACCGUGA